UUUCGUUUUUUGAGUUCACCCCGAUCGCAACGCACGUCAUGUCCGGCAUUCCCGCAGGCGGCAAAGGAGGUAAAGGUGGCAAAGGUGGCAAGGGCGGCAAGGGCGUCGCUUCCAAGAAGGCCCCGCAAAGCCGCUCCAGUCGUGCUGGCCUUCAAUUUCCCGUCGGCCGUAUCCACAGAUUCUUGAAGAAACGCGUGGCAAACAACCAACGCAUCGGAGCCACGGCAGCAGUCUACACAGCUGCUAUCAUGGAGUAUUUGACCGCAGAAGUGCUGGAAUUGGCAGGAAACGCGUCGAAGGAUCUGAAAGUGAAGCGUAUCACGCCGCGACAUUUACAGCUGGCCAUUCGAGGGGAUGAAGAACUUGAUACGUUGAUCAAGGCGACAAUCGCCGGCGGUGGUGUGAUCCCUCACAUCCACAAGUCCCUGGUUGGCAAGGCAGUGUUGCCCAUCAAGAAGAAGCCGUUGUAAAGCGUCAUAUAUUACAUGUCAUCAUUAGUCAUCGUUCUCCCUCGCCCACUUCAGUGAUUGAUAUGGCAUUACAGUACUGCGCCCAUCGGCGAAUCCAAC